UCAAGAGCUCGCUGGUGCACCGGGAAGCCUAGAGCUAACGGAAGUGGCGCCGGAAACGGAAGUUGGCGUGGCUUGGGCCGGUGUCUGAGCGGGAAGAUGCUUCCCUUGUCCUUGCUGAAGACGGCACAGAACCACCCCAUGUUGGUGGAACUGAAAAACGGAGAGACUUACAACGGUCACCUGGUGAGCUGUGACAACUGGAUGAACAUCAACCUCCGAGAAGUCAUCUGUACCUCCAGGGACGGAGACAAGUUCUGGAGGAUGCCGGAGUGCUACAUCCGCGGCAGCACCAUCAAGUACUUGCGCAUCCCAGACGAGAUCAUCGACAUGGUGAAAGAGGAAGUGGUGUCGAAGGGCCGAGGCCGGGGCGGGAUGCAGCAGCAGAAGCAGCAGAAGGGGCGUGGGAUCGGCGGCACAGGACGAGGGGUGUUUGGUGGCCGUGGCCGAGGUGGGAUUCCUGGGAGUGGCCGAGGACAGCAAGAGAAGAAGCCAGGGAGGCAGCCAGCGAAACAGUGAGAGGCGGCUGAUUCUCAAAGACUGCGCUGGAUUCCAGUCCCGUGUGCUUACGAGAGACGGAGCUGCCGUCUCCCGCUGUCUCCCCGUAAAACAAGUUCUAGAUUCUUCAGUGUUUCUUUCAGAGGUCCAGAAGUGAUGGCUCACUACCCUACCCUACACACAAAGCCUUUGUUAGAGAUUUUAGACAAAAUUUGUAAUGAAAAAUUAUUCCUGGGGAUAUUCUGGGUCCUUUCUCCUUGCUUCCCUCCAAAAGCCAGCUUCAGUAGACACCUGCCAUUGUGCCUGGUUGUGUUUCUCCCCUCUCCCCCCCCCCCCCCCACCAAGCCCUGUUUGGUUCAGUAUAACUUGGAUUCUGUAGUCUUUCAGGGACAUUUCCCCUUUGUUUCUCUUUUGGGAUAGCUUUGGUGCAAACGGAGGUUAGUAACCUUUCGAAACAGUGGCACUGAAAACGGUUGCCAUAUUUACGAACACGCCUGAGUUUCUCCCUUGUGCAAACUAUGUUUAAACCAAGUCGUUCCUUUUUGUUGUUUACAGGCUUGGCCCCAUAAAGGCAAUCUGUGCUCACCACUGUGCAAAAUAAAGCAAGGUGGCCUCCAAGUAGGACUUCUAAGAGCUCUUACCAGAUACGACUUUCCCCCCUCACUUAAAAGAAUGAACUGAGGCCGUUGCUUCUUGUGAAGGCAGACGGAUAAACCAGCCAUCCCCUCUGCGUGUACAUGCCUGUGUUUGCAUCUAACAAAUCUGGCUUCCUUCUGGCUCGCCGUCGUUGGCGAGCGUGUCCGUAUCAGAUCUCUUUGCAUUGAGCCUUGUUUGAUACUCCACUUCAGCGCUUCCAGUGCCAGGAAUGCUUUGCCUUUGGACUUGUGGGCAUCUACCCAGAGCUGCAUCACCUAAUCAGAUGGAGAUUUCCCCAAGGACCUCCUGGGUGAGCGGUCUCUGCGGGAGGGGCCUGCCCUUGGGAUCCAGCAGCGCUUUCCCUUUUCCCAUCCUGAGGGCAGAAGAGGCGGCCUGUUGAUGCUCAGAGAGCCCCUGGGUGGGCUUGACUGCAAGGACAGGAGGGAAAUCAGGUCCUUCCUCCCCCCCACCACGUCAAAGGUGGCAUCCCAGCUGUACAAGCAUCACUCUGCCAUUUGCUGUUAGAGCGGAAUAAACAUUCUACCACAUUCACGUUGUUUGUAAAAAGAUCCUUUUUUGUUGUUAACUAGGUUUCUUAACCCACUGGGAGUGAAAUAAACUUUGUUAAUUUGAA